UAGGCUGUGAAUGGCAACUGGUCACCAUAAGGAUUUCAGUACUGAGUACUUUUCAUGGAAACGUGAGCUAAGAACCGUUUGUCACUAUGGUGAUUAUAUUAAAGAGUAAGAUGACGAUAACCACAGGCUGUGUACAGUGUCUAUUGGCUUUGCUGUGUUUUUCCCAAGUGGAAUCACACAACAAUGCCCAGUCAGUUGCCGCACGCACACUUAACGGCUACAUCGCCUCCAGUAAGUUCCGGAAGGCUGACUCUUUGGGGACAUCUACCAGUAAGGACAUUUAUGUGAACCUUGGUCCGGUGGACAAACCAUCACAAUGGACUGCCCCUGGCGGCUCAGCGCCCAUGGGGGUCGAUGCCCCGGCGAAAACUCUCGCCGUAGGUAUGAUAUGGGGAGGGUCACCGCCGAAAACCUUUGUGAGUGAAGAUGUAACAUUGCGCGGCGUGGAUUGUAUCAUACUGCAGUUAAAUGCAUUAUUUGAGCUUCCAUAUACCGACAGAAAGAACCUGACCCGAAAAGCCCUAUUCCUGUUAUCAGAGGACAGCGGUGCCCGAGCCGAAGGAGAGUGUGGUAGCGAAGCACAGUUUAUCACAAUCAUGAUGUUCAACAAAGCCGUCAACUAUACUUUGAUCUUCUCCAACAGCAGCGAUGGGGUGCGGCUGGCCAAUUCCACAUUGCGAUAUAACACUCGACGAGGAGGGAUAUUUCACAAUGCCAAGGGUGAAACAGUGUCCCUUCAUCUGACUUGGGUUUCCGCAAAAAUCAGCACCGCCCCAGGGGCCUUCUUCAAGUGCGUGUUGCCGAGUUUUCUUCAUUACGAAGAGGGGGCGAGGGUAGCAGUCGACAAUCUGAGAGUGGUCGCUUUCAAUGAUAACAACGACACCGAACAUUUCGGCGGAGGGCCAGCAACAACUUGCACUCAAGACGUCGAGGUGGCGGAGUAUGGAGUGAUUAAAACUUACAUCAGUAUCUUUUUGACCGGGAUCGUCGUUGUUCUUGUCAUUGUGUACCUCAUCAGGAUCAAGAUAAAACAACGUAGGAAAACCAGCCAGCAGCUGCACACCACCGUGCCCAUAAACGAAAGUUCGAACGCCACGCAAAAGACAUAAGAAAGGACCGACACAAGAGCGAGUGUUAAGAUGUCACGCUGUGCUGUCUUAAAAAUACAUAUGAAGUCAACUUUUUGCCACAAAAGCCAACCAAAUGCCAGCAUAUAGUUUCAAGUAGUAUAACUAAGAGAAUUACCAAAAGUC